AUGGGUUUUAGAUUGAUUCAGUUUAACUUACUUUUGUCUUUGGGCAGGUUUAAUUCACGUGUACUUGCAAGUGGUACAGAAAACUACAAAUGGGGUAAUGAGACUUCUCGGAAGAGACGAGUAAUUGGUCAAGUGGAAGGUGACAACAAUGGGGCUAAAUGA